CAUUAACAUUUUUAUAGGCUAAAAUAAUGGUUGUGAUUGCUUCUUCAAUUAAUAUAUAAAAUUAUACUUCAUUUACAAAAAAUAUAAAAUGUGCCUAUUGUACUUCAAAUACCAGCGAUUAGGUUUGUCUCCGUAUGACUUAUAUCUGCCUCCAAUUAUUAAAUAUUUUUAUUGUUAUUUUGAAUUAGUUGAUAUUCAUUCGUCCUCCAACUUGUAAUUGUAUGUAACAUCUCGAACAUUUUCCCGACAAAAAUACUGUUCGCUUUGGGCCUCUACAUCCGCACAGAUUUCGAGUUUGGAGUGCAAUUCAGGGUAACUUUCCAUAAGGUCACCCAUCCUUGUUGUACUCCACACUAAGCAUGUUUAACUUCAGAGUUCUCACAAGAACUCCUCUAUUACACCCCAAAACGCGUCUUGUCAAUUAAGGUCGGUUUCUUACUUAUGAACCAUGGAUCUCUCCCAUGCUUUGUCUAUCUGAGAUUUGCCUAAGAUGUUACAUACACGGCUGCAAAAACAACACUUCUCUUAUAUGAUGGGCGAAAUGAAAAACGUGACAGAUUCUGGAAAUGAAGAAGGAAACCAUUAUUAAGAAAGAACUCCAACACUUGGCUCUGUUGUUCCGUCGUGCCUUCCUGGCUCUGCUGUUCCAUUGUGCCUUCCGGGCUUCAAUAGCAGGCAGCGACGACCCGCCGUGGGCGCGAGCACGGGCGGGCUUUUCGGCGAUUUCGAGCAAUUUGUAGAAGUUCGCGUAGCUGAGAUCGGGAUCCUCCCGGUGGCUUUUGGUGAUGUAUUCCCGGUGGGUUUUGGUGGGGAUUAGAAGAAAUUUGAUUUUUAUUUUCUAUUUUUUAAAUGUGCAGUGAAGUGGAAAAUUUAAAUUAUUAAAAUUUAAUUUUUAUUAUUUUUUAAUUGCCACGUCAGACAUUUAACAGUCAAUUUUGAGAGUUGACCGCCACGUAAGCAAAAGUUAACGGAGUUGAACGGAGAGUGACCAAACGUGAUCGGUUUCAGUAAACUAAAGUACCACCAAUAGAUUUAAAUAUUUCGAGUGACCAAACUUGAACGUUUUUUGUAAUCUCAGUGACUAACCAUGCAAUUAACCCUACGAAUUACUAUAACACGGUCCCAUAUCUUCCUAACUCAAUAAUUGGGCAAGAUGAUAUAAGACUUUUUGAUGGCAUAAUACUUUUUUUUUCUGUAAAUUAGAAAGUGAAAUUUUAUAUGCUUAUUAUUAUUAGUACAAAUCACUUGUCCUAUUAUGUGGCAAUGACGUCGGUGGCAGGAAUUAUGGUACCAUUAUAUCAUCAAAAUUGGAAUCUGAGAUAACAAAUUAAAGGUGUGUUUAUGGAUAAUGAAGACAAGCUCGGUUUUUGCAUCACGUGUUUUGCAGCAGAGUAUUCUUUAUGGGCGUCAGUUAUUGGAGAUGAGUUUGCGAUGGAGGUUGGUAAUGGCCAAUCAGUCUCCCUCCUCCAUGCUAACUGGAUCCCUAGGUGCCAGCUAGAUCCCCCAUGCUAUAAUCCUCGGAUCUUGCCUGAGGGGGGUGAUCCCUUGGUGGCGGAAGUUAUUGGAGAGGGGGGAGGGAGUUGGUAUGAUGAGAAGCUCAGUCAAUGGUUUGAUCCGCCCACUUGUAAGGCUAUUAAGGCUAUUCCUCUUCCGCGUUGGGAUGUGCCUGAUAGACUUCUCUGGCAUUUACGACUGACGGGGUUUUCUCGGUUAAGUCGGCGUACCAUUUGGUUGUCGAUUUGGACAGGAAGAGGGGUGGGUGGCGAUCCUCGGUUAGCUGGAUGGAUAAGCCAAGUUGGAUUAGAGUUUGGGAGGCGAAGAUCCCUCCGAAGAUGAAGGUUUUUGUUUGGCAAAUUCUUAAUCGGGCUCUGCCGACUACAGAGGCACUUAUUGAGAAAAGGUCCAGGUGCUACCUCGGUGUCCAGUUUGUUGGGAUGGCCCGGAGACAAUGGAACACAUGUUCCUCUAUUGUCCGGUUGCGCGGGCUCUCCGGGAUUAUUCUGGGCUGGAAUACUUGGGGGAGGGUUUGCCUUGGCAUACUUUUCCUUUGUUUCUCAAAUGUCUGUUGGCGUUGAUUCACCAGCCGGCAGUGGUUAUGGCUGUUGUUGCCGCCCUUUGGAGAAUCUGGAGAUCUCGAAAUCGAGUAGUCUUUGAAGGCAAACAAUUUGGGAUCCCAGCACUCAUGCGACAAUUUCACCAGCAGUUUGAGGAAUGGGUGGGUCUACCUGUGGACCAGACGCCUAGGGUGCAAAUCCUGAUGAUGCAACCGACAACACAAGUGGGUGAUUCCCAUUUGGUUUGCAUGUGGGACGGGGCCACUAGGAGUGGGUCGCAUUCGGCUGGCGGGAUGGUUCUUUUUGACCCAGAGCGGACACUCCUUCUGGCUAGGGGGUCCAGUUUUCUCAUAUGGAUGAUCCUGUAGUGGUGGAGUUGCUUGUGCUCAGGGAAGCUAUUAUUUGGUGUGUGGAGCAAGGUUUGUCGGAAGUCCGAUUUGAGGGUGAUGCAAAGGUGAUUAUUGACAAAAUUAAUCAAGCCGACACAAGAGAUAGCCGGUUGGGUGCUAUUCUGGAAGAGAUUAGACAUUAUUUUCGUACUCAGACUGGCUUUAGUGUGCGAUUUGUAGGUCGGGAUAACAAUAGGGUAGCUCAUUUGGUGGCUAGGAAAGCCCUCUCUUUGUAUCCGACUAUGAGUCGCUUCUUUGAUUCCCAGACCUGCCUGAUUUUCAGGGUGUAACUGUCUAUUUAUCCAUUCAAUAUAUGAUAUCUUUUGACAAAAAAAAAGUAAUAAAUUAUUAUUAGAGUCACGUGGAGUAGGAAUUACUAAUAAUUAUGCAAAUUAAAUCCAUCACGUGAGUUUAGAGCACUUCUACUAUGCUAUAUAGUAUUGGUGCUUUAAUGUACAACUUAAAGUUGUACCAUAACAUUAAAUGUAUAAGUUUAGGUCGUGCCAUAAAGCAAUUUGUACCAUUAUGUUAUGGUACAACUUUACAACUUGAAGUUGUACCAUCACAUAAAGGUACAAGUUCAAGUUGUACCAUAAAAGAAUUUGUACAAAAAUUAUAAGUACAAUCUGAAGUUGUACCAUAACAUAAAUAUACAAUUUUAAGUUGUACCAUAAAGGCAAAAACCUAUAGCAUCAAUACUAUAUAGCAUUGUAAAAUUUCUCUGUGAGUUUAUGAACAAAGUCCCAAUUGUCAACAACACAAAGUAAGCAAUGGUUUAAGAUUGAUUGAUAAAAUGAGUAAUUUAAUCACAGAAACAAAUCACAAAAUCUUAAAAAGGGAACUCAAUAGAGAAAGCUCUAGCAAAUUUCUGAUUUCGUUAACAUUAAAUCUAUAAAAUAUAAUAAUUAUUUUCUAUAUUUACACUUUAUGAUUUUAUAUUUUCAGACUUCCUAUGCAUUCACAUUAUCAUUAUAUCCACAUUAGCGUUCUUCCCACCGAUAAGGUUUUUCUUAACUCCUUUUGUUCUUUUAAUUUCUUAUUUACUUUGUACAUCUAACUGUUUAAAUUGAAAUAGUAGUUUCAUUAUUUUUAAUUUUAAUAUUUAAGUAAUCCAAUGAGAAUGUGUCACCUAGCACUCCCUCUCUCUUCUUUUUUCAAUUUUCCUAUAAUUCUUAACCAAUUGCUUUAUUUUGGUUUUCAACUCCAAAUUUAGAUAUUUGUGCAUAAAAUAUCAGAUUUUAUGUAAUCUAUAUAAUUAUAUGCAUUUUGAUGUAUGCUGAAGAACAAAAUUCAAAAACAUGGUCACUAUCGUAUACUAAUUAAUGAGCCACACUUCUAUUCAGCAAUUACUAAAUUAUAUCAAUACCAUUGAACACUACCAUCGUACACGAAUCACCCAUGUAUUUUCAUAAUUCGUGAGACAUGUUUUUUAUUAUUAUAAUAAGUUAGUAAACUAUAUAAAUGUUUAAUUUGUAUUAUCAUCAUAGACAAAAAUUUCAUUCGUGUUAAAAAACUUUAUCAUGAGAC